AUGGUGCGGGGACGAUCAGAUACAGUACGUUUAGUUACUCGAUUGCAUGAGAUAACAACAUCAUCUGGAAAAAAACGAUUAUCACGCAAUCUUGAUUAUAAGAAAUUAUAUACUGAAUUUAUUCGUGAAUAUAUUAAUUUAGGUCACAUGACUCGCGUUAAUACUUAUCCCAAUUUACACUAUUUUUUACCGCAUCAUGGCGUCUUUCGAGAACACAGCACGACUACAAAGCUCCGUGUAGUUUUCGACGCCAGCGCAGUAACCAGUACCGGUAAAUCGUUCAACGAUAUUCAGCUCGUCGGUCCUCCAAUACAAGGAGAUCUUUUAGUGAGCAUACCUAGAUUGGAAUUAUGCAGGGCUUUAUUAGGAGCUCAGUUAUAUAAGAUACGCACAUCACUAACUCGUGAGUUUGAUGACGUCAUAUUCUGGACCGACUCAACGAUAGUGUUAGGCUGGUUACACAUGGCACCUUCAUUGCUUAAGACAUUUGUUCAGAACAGAGUCGCUGAAAUUAACGAACUUACAAAUAGUUACACUUGGCGUCAUGUUGCUGGCAAGGAGAACCCAGUUGACCUCGUCUCACGCGGAGUGAGUUUAAAAGACUUAGCAUCGUUAACGUUUUGGUGGGAAGGCCCUACUUUUUUACAUAAUUUUGAUUUUCACAAUAAUACACAAUCAAAUAUUCAUAUUCCAAUUCAAGAACUCCCUGAAGUUAAACCUAAUAAUAUUUCACUAGUUACAAUUGCAUCAUAA